GGUGACGUCAUCGCUGCAGCACCGGACAGGGCUGAGUCGCAGCAGGAGCCACACGCGCCACAUCCUCUGUACAGAGCGCAGCGGCACCACAACAACAGCCAGCAGCCUCCAUUUGUCUCUCCUCGACACUGGAAUAACAGAUCGGCAACGUCAUGGGCAACGUGCAGCCUACCAUAGUCCCAUAUGAGGACUUUGACGUCACCGCUGACAUCAAGGCUAUCAGAAAGGCGUGCAAAGGUUUAGGCACAGAUGAAGAGACCAUUAUCCAGAUCCUGGCCAAUCGUUCUGCAGCUCAGCGCGUGGAGCUCAAACAGGCCUACUUUGAAAAGUACGACGACUUGGAGGAGGUCCUGAAGAAGGAGCUGACCGGCAGCUUCGAGAAUGCCACCAUUGCCAUGCUGGAGCCGCCCCACAUUUACUUCGCCAAGGAGCUGAGGAAGGCCAUGAAGGGGGCGGGCACUGACGAAGCUGUGCUGGUAGAGAUCCUGUGCACAGCCACAAACGAGGACAUUGCGAGCUACAAGGAGGCGUAUGCCCAGGUUCAUGAGCGAGACCUGGAGGCAGACAUCGAAGACGAUACCAGUGGCGAUGUGAGGAACUUGUUGACCUCACUGCUGCAGGCAAGCAGGGAUGAAGGCUACGAGGUGGAUGAGGAUUUAGCCGAACAGGAUGCCACAUCUUUGUUUGAGGCAGGAGAAGGAAGGUGCGGCACAGACGAGUCAACCUUCACCUUCAUCCUGACGCACAGGAACUACAUGCAGCUUCAGGCCACCUUUAAGUUCUAUGAGUCUCUUUCAGGGACAGACAUUUUGGACACUAUUGACUCUGAGGCCACAGGAACCCUUAAGGAAUGCUACAUUACUCUGGUAAGGUGUGCUAAGAACCCACAGCUGUAUUUUGCCCGACGCCUUAAUGCUGCAAUGAAGGGAGCUGGCACAGAUGAGGACACACUCAUCCGCCUCAUUGUGGGCCGCUCUGAGAUCGACCUGGAGACGGUGAAGGACAUGUACCUGGAGAAGUACGAUGUUACCCUGAAAGAUGCCCUGGACUCAGAGUGUGGUGGAGAUUUCAAACGCCUCCUCAUUGAGAUCCUGCACUAAACUCUUGUCACUUUCCUCCUAUGGGCCUUAUUUAACCUAAUCUCCUCAUUCUUUCUUCUCACUUCUCUUCCUUUUACUACAUUCAGCAGUUCAGCCCAUGCACUUCUAUCAUCUUCAUCUGUUUUCUUCCCUCUCUUCACUCAUAGAGACAGUCAGUCUUUGCAGCAUGGACCAAAAACCAACUUGUUGAAUACAGUUUUAAUACAAUUUUGCUGAGAUAUUAUGCUCAGUGUAACUCCUUACUGAUAUAGUCCAGUAUACAAAAUGAAGUGCAUUAAAUAUGUGUUGUCCGUUUUAAAAUACUAUGGCAGCAUUGUGGAACUUGCCUAGCUGAGCAUGACAUUUGUAUUUAUUCAAAUAGAAGUCAUUUAUCCACAGUCAGCAGCUCGACAGUCUUUGUCAGCUUGCUGCCACCAUGUGAAGUUUAGCCCAAAGCUGUAAACAUUAAGAGGCUGAUGCUGCUCACCAUAAAAUCUGCGGCCUCUUGACAUAUUUUGCCACUUAAUCCAUCUGUCGUCCGCCAUUAUUGUCCACUUCACGUCUAUUUGCCUCAAAUAUGCCUUCCAUGAUAUUAUAGCGAUGCAAUUUUUUAAUUUCUGCUUCAACACUUAAGUGCCGAAUUAUCACACAUGAUCUCGGAUAUGAUUAUACAAGACAAUAAUACAUGGGGAUAUUAUUAACAGAGCAUCAAAAGCCCGAAUGCUUUGAGGAUAUAUGAGCUUUUUGUAGUCACAUCUCCAAAGGCCAUGUGGGGUUUUAACCGUUUGUAAUCUCAUUUUUAAUCACAGCUCACAAGCUGCCUUCUUCUCACAUUUGUACACAUUGCUAGACUGUUGCCCUUUUUCCUGUUGUUGACGACUCAUUAAAUUUAAUAAAAAGUUUCCAUCUUAACCAGUGAAAAACUCUAAGAUGAUAAUAAUAAUAGUAGUGAACAAGACCCCUUUAGUACAAUCACCUAUCGACGGCCACACUGUCUGUAUUCGUGUAUGGAAUUGUAUCCGCACUAAUGUUAUUUAAUACCAAGAUUACAGUAAUACAAACUACUACGAUGUACUGUUGUGUUAUCAUAUAUCUAAAUUAUUCAAUUAACAUAUAUGAAAGAAAGCAUUGUUAACCUGUUCUAAUGGCAUACAAAUGUGAAGUGAUAAUAAAUUCUAACUUCACCAAA